AUGCAGCCGAUCAACAUCCUUGUGUGGAAUUGUAGAGGUAUCGUGAACAGAGAAACUCAGCAUGCCUUGGUGGAUCUAGUCAGAGCGAAGAGGCCGAGCCUUAUUUUCUUGGCAGAAACCCUAGCACAACCAAACAUCAUUGACUCCCUCACUGGGCGUCUCGGAUUUAAAGGUCAUAUAUGUUUCGCUCAAGACAACGAAGUCCAGUCUCAAGGAGUGGCGCUGAUAUGGAACCAUAAUCUACAUGCUAAUCUGCGUUCAUACUCUCCAAAUCACAUUGAUGCAGACAUCAGCCAAGCACCGGGAGAGCCAGCUUUAUGGCGUUUUACUGGAAUAUACGGAGUUGCAUCCCGGACGGAGAGACGUCACACCUGGGAUCUAAUCGAAUCCUUGGCAGCGGAGCCAUGUUCCUUGCCUUGGAUCAUGGCGGGUGACUUCAAUGAGAUCAUUAGCAAUUUAGACAAAUCAGGGGGUGCUCCGCGUGCUGAGGCACCAAUGCUCCGCUUCCGGCAAACAAUGACAAACAGUGGCCUUUAUGAUAUGGGUUUUGUCGGCAGCAGAUUCACAUGGUCAAACAAGCAUACCAAAGAGAGGCUUGAUCGGAGCUUCCAAAACAUGUUAUGGCAAACGUGCUUCCCUUUUAGCAGAGUGAUCACUUUGAACCCCUCCGACUCGGACCACGUUCCCCUUCUUGUUGAAGUAAGGCAGGAUAAUGCCAAGCAGACCAAGCCUCCAAGGCGUUUUCGCUUUGAGGAGAUGUGGCAUGGUGAUGAAAGAUGUCAAAAGAUCAUUCAACAGAAUUGGUCGACACCCCUUACGGGUAAUGCUUUGCAACAGUUGAGUACAAAAAUCCAUGCAACGGGCGUGGAGCUUCUGCAGUGGCAUAAUGUCUAG